GAUCCCAGGGCAGGCCGACCCCUGCAGAGACCUGGAGAUCCUUCCGUUGCUGCACGAGGAGGAGGAGGCAUGCCUGCCGUGGCUUGCGAGAGGUGUCGGGCCUGAGGCGGCCGGCUGCUACACUUCACACCCCGUCACAGAGGGCUUGCCGCCCUUCGACCUCCGUGCCAGCAAGCUUCAAGGGGUGGCCGACAUCUGCACGGAGGAGCUGCCACGGAGUGCAAGGAUCUGCGGUCCACUCCUGGCUGGGCUGCAGACUGAGAGCGACUGCUGCCCUGCAGACCCCGUGCCGACGGGAAUGUCUUACAGGCCCCAAGGUUCCCAGAAAGAGUACAUCCCAUGCUGUCCAACGCCAUUUUCUGCACAGCCGUGGGCCCCUGACAGUGGCAUAUACAUCCAGAUGGAUAUUGCCACCAUGUUGAAGCUGCUCAUGGAAGCGAUUGCUAUGCCAGGGCCCGUUCCAGUGCGAAAGUCUUUCAGGAGACGGCAGGAAAAAGCAGGCGCCAUGGCAUCCGCCUGGGAUGCAGAACGGGAAUUCGAUGAUGACAAAGCCUCGGGCAAGCUGGACAUUGCCCUCGGCAAGGUGCCCAUCCUGGAGGUCGGGGACUUCUGA